AUGGCCACCGAUCCCUCCCUGCAAGAUCCUCUCCUCUCGCUCCGUCGCGCCAUCGCAGCCGGCAACCUCCCCACGCCAACAACCUCCAGCGACCUCUCCGACCAAAAUGCGACCGACGACCUUGCAAAAGCCACCCAUCUCUACUUCCAACAUCCCCUCCCUCAAACAAUCCCCCUCACAACACCCACCCGCUUCGUCUCCAGCUCCUCCGACUCCGCCGUCGACCUCCGCAGUAUCUUCUUCGCGUGGCAGAAGAAAGAUGUCGCCAUUCCAGAGUACAUUGCCUCGGCGCAGGAGCUUAACGAGUCGCUGAAGCAAAAGGAGCGCAAGGAAGGCGAGGAAGAGGAGAAAGUUCAGAACUUGGUUUUCGUCGAGCGCUUGGAUCUUCUGACUUGGCUGGAGGGCGCGUCUGAUGAGAGUGAAUACAUCAAGCCGUUGGAGGUUUCUGCUGUGCCGAGUGGUGCUCCUGGGGGUGGUGCUGCUGCUGCGCAGACUCAGCAGGGUAGGGCGGCCAAGGUCAUUGAUCCUAGGUUGCAGGAGAUUUAUAACGGAGAGCGGAAGAUGGGGGAUCGGAAUAGUGUGCUACGGGGAAUCAAGCCGACGGACUUCUCUCACGUCCGCAAAACCGCCGAAUCUAUGCUUGGACGCAACCGCUCCCGGCCGGGACAAUACCCUGCUGGCGUGAAAGCCGGCAGCAAGCCGCAAUCCAUGGUGGUGCCGUCUCCAUCGGCCGGCCUGUCCCAGCCACGCAAGGCAAGCAAGACGCAAGACCCCAUCAUCCUCCUCUCACCCUCGGCCUCAUCGCUCAUCCGCAUGUCCAACGUGCGCUCCUUCCUGCAGGAUGGUGUCUUCAUCCCUCCCGAUCACCCUACUCUUUCCAUGUCCAACUCCAAUAUCCUCUACAUCUCCCGUCCGCUGCGCAUGCACUCGGACCCGUCCAGCUCGUCUCUUCGUCCUGGCGGUGGCAGCUCCUCGCAAGUCACGUCCCGGAAACCUACACGCUUCAUCCUCGUCGAUAGCACGGCCAACUUCCGUCCGGAUUACUGGCAGCGUCUGGUUGCCGUUUUCACGACGGGUCAGACCUGGCAGUUCAAGUCAUACAAGUGGUCUUCGCCACCGGAGCUCUUCAAGCAUGCCACAGGUGUCUAUGUCGGAUGGCGCGGAGAGGAUAUUCCUCGUGAAGUGAAGAGCUGGGGCAGGGGAGUGCAGAGCUACGCGGUCGAGCGCUGGGACGAGAAGGGAGGAGCCCACGGGGCGGGCCGGUGGCGUGAUCGGGAAGUGGUCGAAGGAAUCUGGACAGCGAUCGAAGAGGGAAUGAGACUGCGAGGCUGGGGAUCAAAGUAG